CAUUCGAGUGAACGACAGGGCGCUUAUUACCACCGGAUGUUCACGGACGCUUCUUAAAGCGCAACGAAAAUGUCGUUUCACAACAGCAAACCUUCAGAUGAAGGGGAACGCGACUGUUUCUCGGCUUGUUGUCUACGCGUGUAGAGUUUAUCUGAAGUGUAAAAGUAGCUUCCAGCUGAAGCUUUGAACAGGCGGAAACGUGCAGGAAGAGACCCGAAGGAGGGCUGAAAGAAGAUUAAACACCUUCAUCUGGAGGUAUGGGCUCAUCUUGCCCCAGAAGAAGGGAGCAUCAAAGAGUGCAGUUCUCCAGAAACCUUCAGUGUUUGGGGAUGACUCAGAUGAUGAGACUUCAGUUGGGGAGAGUCUGCAGAGAGAGGCAAUCAAAAAGAAGAUGAUGAAGCAGACCCGUUUGGAGAUGCAGAAGGCCCUCGAACAGGACAGCACUGUGUACGACUAUGAUUCCGUUUACGACGACAUCCAAAAAGAAAGGCUCGAGAGCAACAAAAAGAUCCUUGGAGGCGCCGACAAAAGGCCAAAGUAUAUCCACCAGUUAAUGAAAGCAGUAGAAGACCGAAAGAAAGAACAGGAACGGAGGGAAGAGAGGAAGAUCCAGAAGGAAAGAGAGGCGGAGGGAGAGCAGUUUGCUGAUAAAGAGGCCUACGUUACCUCUGCCUACAAGCAGAAGCUGCUGGAGCAGAAGGAGGAGCAGGAGAGAGAGCGGAGAGAGGCAGCCAUGGAGGCUGCUUUGGAUGUGAAGAAACAACAAGACCUGAGUGGCUUCUAUCGACACUUCCUGAAUCAGACUGUAGGGGAGGAGGCGAUACCGGAUCGCUCCGCAAACAAAACUCCAAAGAUUUCAAAAGACGCGGAGCAGACGUCACCCGCUCCCUCGCCUCCGUCUCGUGACAAUAUUCCAAGUUCAGGCAGCGACAACGAGGAGGGGCAGGAGCAGAAGACUGGGUUCAGCAAGCCGGGGGGCGUGUCUGCGCACUCUAAACGCCAGUACAGGCAGAGGUCGCCCUCAUCGGAGAGCGCAGAGGAGAAGGAAAGAGAAAGGGAGAGAGACAGACAUAAGAAGAGCCACAGAGACCGAGGACGGGACAGAGACAGAGAGAGAGACAGGGACAGAGACAAGAACAGGGGGAGGGAAAGAGACGACAGACAUGGAGAAAGAAGAAGUGACAGGGACAGAAGGAAAGACAGGGACCGAGACCGAGGCAGAGACGAUAGAGAUGACAGAGAGAGAACGAAGGAAGACAGGCACGGAAAGAGGGAGAGGAGUCCGCGAGAACGAGAGCGGGAGAAGAACGAGGACCGAGAGAGGAGGAGGACUUCAGAUGAAGACAGGAGGAAGGAAAGAAACCCGGACAAAGAGAAGGAGAGGGGCGUGAAGAUGGAGGAGAAAGAGGGAGAAAAGAAGGACGCACCGGAGGAAGUCUCGAAGGGAAAAGAGGACGGAGAGAGAAAGGAAGGCCAGGAGAAAGAGGACGCAGAGGAGAGCGUCAGCAAGUUCGCCAAGCGCAGCACGGAUCAGACGGUGACCUCAGCUCGAGAGCGCUACAUGGCCAGGCAGAUGGCUCGCUCGGCGAGCAAGAGCUACGUGGAGAAAGAGGAGGACUAGCAGAGCGCUGUGGGCGCGUCCCUGAAUACCGCCUGACGAUGAGUUUUAUUCACAGAAUGCCAAAAUCAUUCAACUUUCUUCUCACAAAUCCCUUGGAAAAGACCAACAAAGCUUCUUCUCUCGAGAACCUCAGUUUGUUUGGGAUGUUUUGACCUUAUAGGAUUAUUUCCUCUCAUCAAAUAAGAAUUUUUUUGUAGCACUGAGGGAAUCUACCAAGAUUCACCACACUCGUUACAAUAAAUGGCUUCAAAUGUUUCACAUCUCUCCAUCUGGUGUUUCACUGUGGGAAAAGUGCUUGUCCAGAGAGGAAAUCGACUCUGCUCACUCUUCACUGCAGUGUUGUGCUGUGAAAUAGUUUGCUCACAUUUUUAUGAAAAAUAUUAGGCAUUUUUUUCUUUUUUUCCACCCCCAGUAUUUUCUGUCACAAAUAACAUGUUUCAUGGUUUAUCACCCUCCGACACAAUGUGAUGCUGCUUUUGAACAUAUUGUAGCCGUUGAACUAAACUUAAUGCUGAAACACA